AUGCAACAAAACCACAACCCCCACUUCUUCUCCUUCCUGUCAACACAACUCUCACACAAACAAGAACACAGAAGAGGCAGAGCAAAGAUCCCAUUUCCCCCCAGAUUAAAUUACAAAAAACCCCCUUUCCAAUUUGAAUCCUUGAAACCCUAAAUUGAUUUCAAUCCUGCAGAAAGAAUCCCCUCCAUUUUCCACCAUUUUCUGUUGUAUAUUCACAUAGUUUUACUCUUGCAAUCCCUUCCUCAUAUUUAUCUUCCAUUCUUUAUUGAAUACAGGGUGAUCUGGAGGAUUUCUUGCUCUUUCUAGCUUAGAUCCUCAAGUGGGUGUUCUGUAUUUUUUUUUUUUUGUAAUUUGUGUUCUUAGUUCAUCACAGAAAUUGGGUUUUCAAGAAAUGUUAGAACUCUUGAUUUUGGGAAGAUAAAGAUUGAAGCUCUGCUGUUCUUGGUUAUUUCCAAGAUUUGAUGCUGUUUUUAGCAUAGAUCCUCACAGAUAAAGAUUGAAAGUUUGGCGUAAUGGAUAAGUUACAGUGGGGGAAUAGAAAGAGACUGAGAUGUGUAAAGGUCAAAGAGUCAACAGUUAUGAAUGGGAAAUCAGAUGGAAAUGGAAUUGUUGUGAAGAAGAAAAUCACAUCUCAACGUGUUGAUCGAAGGGUUGUUAAUGAACAAGAUUCUCAUCAUCCUCUUCCUCCUCUUCAUGCUUCAUCUCCUCAACGUCUCAAUAGGAAGAUAAUGUCGGCAUUAUCGUCACCGGAAAAAGAAGAUCGGUACUACUCGACACGGGGAUCAGGAGCAGGAUUCGACGACAGUAGCAGCAGCAAGAAGGUGUUGAAUGUGGAUGCAAAGAAAGAGAGCAAAAGGGCAGUUUGGCCCAAACUGUUCACCACAUUAUCAAGCAAAGAGAAAGAAGAAGACUUCAUGGCUAUGAAAGGGUGUAAACUGCCUCAAAGGCCAAAGAAAAGGGCCAAGAUGAUUCAAAGAACCUUACUUUUGGUUAGUCCAGGAGCAUGGCUAUCUGAUCUAUGCCAAGAAAGAUAUGAAGUUAGAGAGAAGAAGACUUCCAAGAAGAGACCCAGGGGAUUGAAGGCAAUGGGAAGCAUGGAAAGUGAUUCUGAAUGAGAUUUGGAGGGAAAAAGAAUACUGAAUUUGGGUAGGUUUUUGUUAGAAAUUGAAAAGAGAAAUCUAUCUUUUUUUCCCAAUUGUUAUUUGUUGGCUCUUCCCAAUAUAUUUUAAUCAUAUAUGUACUUUUAAUCGCUAGCUG